AAACGGCCGCAUUUUUGGUGUGUGUCCUCCUGCAACACACACACACACACACACACACACAGUCACACACACAAAAUCAAUAUUAAUGAGCCAUUAAACGCUGUCUCAGGCUCAUUCUAAUGACUGAGCUGGCAGCUUGUCUCGAAGCGGAAAUUGAAUAGCCACAGCGUAGAACGAAUCACAGCGGAUGUAGCCAGACUGCAGAGCAGGAAAUCGCAUUAGCAUUAGCAUCAGCAUCAACGAGCUCAACUGAUUCCGCUUAAAAGUCAGAGAAACCAAAGCCCUCAGCCCGUAACGGAAGUUUUAGCGUAAUGCCUUGCGCCUGAUGAGCUGCCGAGCAUGGGCUGCUCCAAUUCCAAGUCCACGACAGCCAUAGACGAGACCAAACCAAAACCAGCCCCAACGACCGACCCAGCAAAAGCAAAGUCGAACAAAAUGGACGCCUUGCCCAAGCAGGAAUAUCCGGCCUCGGAGGCGUUUACCAUACCGCUCGAAGAAGAGAAUAGUGCAACAGCGGUUCCAUUGAAUGAUACGCUGCGUCAGCCGCCCAAGCGACUCCAGCAGCUGAUGCAGCAGGCCGCCGAAACGGAGCCCCUCACAUUGGAGGAGCUGGAGGAGAAGCAGCAGCGCGCCGAACAGCGACGCCAGGAGCUCAUGCAGCAGAAACUGGAGGGCAUACAGAAGAACACAGAGAAGCUGCUAAUGCGUGGCCACGGCGAGCAGGCGGAUGAUGGCGUGGAAGAUGCGUUGGAAGCCGCAGAGCAGCAACAACAAGAGUCUUCACAACAUUAAGCCCCAUUCACACUUAAUUUUUAGCAUUAAGUACCAUUCACACUAAUCAGCUUUACCAAGAAGCGGCACUGGAAUCAGGGGCUCCUUUCGUGAAUGCAUUCGCCUGAGCACGUAAAUGAGCAAAUGAAUGCACACGUAAAUGUUAUUAACCGAACAUCUUUG